CACUCAAUCAUCGAGCAUUGGCGCCGAUCCUCAACUCCCCCAAGCCCCGCGAUUAGAGGGGUUAGCUGCGCUGCUGCCUUGGCCGUGACGCUAGGGACCUUGGAAAGACGUGGCCGCUGCCCCCGCCAGAUUCCUUUCCUGUUCCAAGUGCAGUGCUGACCAUUUGACUCCAAUGCGAAGUUGCGGCCAGAAUGAACUCCGCCCUCGAAUACGGUCAACUGCCAGAAAGUCGUCAAUUUCGACGAAAGGUAAAUGAUGACUACACCGUCGGGUGGAUCUGCGCCAUAAGGACGGAGUAUGUUGCCGCACAAGAAUUUCUCGACGAGGAGCACGAAGCACCGGAGUUUGUGUCACCAAACGAUACCAACGACUACACAUUGGGUAGACUUGGGAAGCAUAACGUCGUCAUCGCUGUGUUGCCCGAUGGUGAAUACGGAACGUCUUCCGCGGCCAGUGUAGCGACGAACAUGCAGCACAGCUUUCCCAAUGUCAGGAUAGGUUUAAUGGUCGGCAUUGGCGGCGGUGCACCAAGUGAGAAGCACGACAUUCGUCUGGGCGACAUUGUGGUCAGCGCACCUCGUGACGGCGAGGGCGGGGUAUUCCAGUACGACUUUGGCAAGACGAUCCAGGACCAGGCCUUUCACAACACGCGAUUUUUGAACCAGCCCCCGACAACUCUGCGAACUGCGUUGACGGGAAUCCAGGCCCAGUACACGAGGAAGGGGCAUCAGCUUCAAGCGGCCAUCAACGACGUUCUCGAGAAGAACCCGAGGCUACGACGACAGGGAUACGAGCGGCCGCAGCCAGGUACUGAUAGGCUAUUUAAAGCCGAGGUCCCUCACGACUCGAGAGGCUGCGCAGCAUUCUGUGCUAAUGAACCGUCGAAUUUGGUGCCGCGGCACGAACGGACGGAACACGAGGAUAAUCCGGCAAUUCACUAUGGCCUGAUCGCUUCAGCAAACCAGUUGAUGAAGGACGCUUUCGUUCGGGAUAGGCUUGUAACGGAGAAGGACGUUCUGUGUUUUGAAAUGGAAGCAGCAGGGCUGAUGAAUCACUUUCCGUGUCUUGUUAUUCGCGGUAUAUGCGACUACUCGGACUCGCACAAAAACAAGGAGUGGCAAGGAUAUGCAGCAAUGGCGGCGGCUGCCUAUGCGAAAGAUCUUUUAUAUCGGAUCCCCCCCAACAAGGUUGAGGCUGAGAAGAAGAUUGGCGAUAUUCUAUCCGGUAAUUCCAAGGAGCAGCUCCAAGCCCAGAAAGAUCUAGCCAAGGAACAGUACCAAGCCCGCAACGAUCUCGCCAAGGAGAGGCUGACCGAAAAGGAAGAGAAGUGUCACCAGCUGUUCCGCCUCAAAACUGACAGCAACGGUGCCGCCUACGAGUGGUAUAAAGGCCGAGUGGAAGACCGAGUGGAAGGUACCUGCCAGUGGUUCCUCAAACAUGACAAUUUCCAGAAAUGGUUGAAACAGGACUCAGGACCACUGCUGGUCUCAGCGGAUCCUGGGUGUGGAAAGUCAGUCUUGGCCAAGCAUCUGAUCGACCAUGUCUUGCCACGAUCGGCGAGUAUCUGUUACUUCUUCUUCAAGGACCAGGACCAGAACACGGUCCGCCAGGCACUUUGCGCUCUGCUCCACCAAAUCUUCUCUCAAAAGCCGUCCCUGAUUAACCAUGCCAUGGAGGAAUUCCGUAAAGAUGGGCAAGGUCUGAUUCACUCGACAGAAUCUCUCUGGAAGGUUCUACGAAACGCCACAAAAGAUCCCCAGGCAGGACCUGUAAUCAUGGUCCUUGAUGCCCUGGACGAAUGUACCGAAUCAGACUUUGAGGACCUGAUGCGGAAUGUGGAGAGCCAAUUUCGCAGCGACCAAUUGGGACAUGGCAAGUUGAAGUAUCUUCUAACGAGCCGUCCGUAUGAGCAGAUCGUGUCCAAGUUCCGCUGCCUGUUGGGCGCUUUUCCAAAUAUCCGUAUACCAGGAGAGGAAGAGUUGGAAGCCAUCAGUAAGGAGGUGAAUCGCGUCAUUACGCAUCGGGUCAAUCAGCUGUCGAAGAAGAAGACCCUCUCACCCGACGUCAAGAGCCAUCUGGAGAAAAGACUACAGGGGACUACCCACCGCACCUAUCUCUGGGUAUACCUUGUGUUCGACUACUUAGAGAAAGAAGACUUUAAAAAGACACAAAGGGGGGUCGAGGCCACCAUUGCAACACUUCCGACAAGUAUCAAUGAGGCGUAUGAGCAAGUUCUUAGCAAGUCUAAUGCUAAGGAACAUCCAAUGGUUCGGAAGGCCUUGAGUAUCAUCUUAGCCGCGAGUCGGCCGCUGACACUCUCGGAAAUGAACGUUGCCGUGAAUAUAGACGCCACAUCACAGUCUACGCACGACCUCGACUUGGAGGACGAAGAAGACUUCGGGUUGCGUCUCAGAUCUUGGUGUGGAUUAUUCGUCUCAAUCUAUCAUGGCAAGAUUUAUUUCCUUCAUCAAACUGCUCGCGAGUUUCUCCUCGCAGAUUUGGCAUCGCCUACAACUGUUCCGUCAGAGCUACACUGGCAUCACUCCAUCACUACCCGCCACGCACACGCCGUUCUUGCAGAGCUCUGCGUGCGCUAUCUGAACUUCUUUAACUCCGACGUUAGCCUUCCGACAGAUGCGAAUGUGGAAGCGGGCCACUCCGUCGAUAGCCACGCCUUCUUAGAUUACUCGGCCAAAACUUGGGGCGCUCACUUCCGCGAGGCCGGUAUCAUCGACGACGCUGCCCUUGCACCUUCCGCUCUGAGAAUUUGUGAUCCGGAUUCGAAGAGCUACUCGGCAUGGUUUAGAAUCUAUUGGAAGACUACAGGUAUGGAGACUACCGAGUAUUUUACGGAUCUUAUGGUAGCGUCGUACUGUGGCCAUCGUGCCACCGUCAAGCUACUUCUCGAAAAGGGCGCCGACGUCGAGGCGAAGGACAAGGAUUAUGGUCGGACGCCGCUUUGGUGGGCCGCCGAGAAAGGGCACGAGGCCGUCGUCAAGCUGCUGCUCGACAAGGGCGCCGACGUCGAGGCGAAGGAUAAGGAUUGUGGCGGGACGCCGCUUUGGUGGGCCGCCGAGAACGGGCACGAGGCCGUCGUCAAGCUGCUGCUCGACAAGGGCGCCGACGUCGAGGCGAAGGAUAAGGAUUGUGGCGGGACGCCGCUUUGGUGGGCCGCCGAGAACGGGCACGAGGCGCCUCCGAUUCUAACUGGAUUGAUGCUCACGGCCACUGAAUAUGAGGAAUCGGAAGACGCUCUGCCCAAGCUACACGUGUUGCGCAUCGCACAUGUCGGCUGAGCUGUUCUGACGUAUCGAAUGCGCUGCAGUAGUGAUGGAUCGUUUCUCUAGGUGGCAAAUCGACGCCGAAACAUAUGAUAUUACGAGGAGAUGUGCGCAUGCUGCCGUAACCGACGAGGCAUUGCCAAACGUGUGACAUCUCAGGUAAUAGGAUGGCGACUUGGUUCCUGCUGGUGCUGCUCCAAGACGGCCUCGGACACGAAAUCUUCCACUCCUUGACAUGGGGUAUGAGGAGCAUCACGAUAUGCUGACCAGCAUGAACAAUCUUGCCUAUACUUGGAAGCAUCAAGGCGUUCUGGAGACGUGCUGGCUCUGAUGAGGAAGUGCGUUCUUCAUCGACGACUGCUUGGCCCAGGUCAUCCAUACACGACACAAUCAUUAGCAACUUUAGGUGAGUGGACGGAAUUGGCCUCGCGAGUUUAAGGAACGUCAGCUUUAAUUCUAGCUCAUCUCAUCUAAAAUAAGCAAUAAUCUGAU